CUGUGCUGCUGCAUAUAGGCUGAGUGCUAGCAACUGAAUCGGACGAUGGGCUGAACGUCUGCGGGUCCAUGUGUACUACACGGAAUAAAUAACUCCUUUUAGACUUUGUUCUGGUGUCAUGUUCGUCCACAGCAGCUGCAAAUUCCGGUCAGACAUGGAGAAAGUUGUCAUUGUUACCGGAGCGAACAGCGGCAUCGGCCUGGCCUUGUGCGAAAGACUGCUCACUGAGGACAGCCAGCUUCGACUGUGUCUGGCCUGCAGAAACCUGCAGCGGGCCGAGGCCGCCCGCUCUGCCCUCCUCACCUCUCAUGUCGAUGCCCACAUUGACCUGCUGCAGCUGGAUGUGGGUUCUGUGCAGUCAGUGCUGAACGCUGCUCAGCAGAUCAAGUCCAGGUACAGCAGAAUUGACUUUCUGUAUCUAAAUGCAGGAAUUAUGCCCAAUCCACAAGUGGACGUUAGAGCCUUUUUCAAGGGUCUGUUUUCCAGGAAUGUCAUCAACAUGUUUGCGACAGCAGAGGGUCUCCUCACGCAGCAGGACCGCCUCAACUCAGAUGGCCUGCAGGAAGUUUUUGCCACCAACCUCUUUGGUCAUUUUCUCCUGAUCAGGGAGUUGGAGCCUCUGCUGUGUCAGUCGGGUCACGCCACCAGAGUAGUGUGGACCUCCUCCAGUAACGCCCGCCGCUCUGCCUUCAGCAUUGAUGACAUUCAGCACAGAAAUGGGACGGAGCCCUACAGCUCCUCUAAAUAUGCUUCAGACAUGAUCAGCGUGGCCCUCAACAGACACAAAAACAGCCAGGGGCUGUUCUCCUCUGUGAUAUGUCCUGGACUGGUGAUGACCAAUCUGACCUAUGGCAUCCUCCCCUCAUUCUUCUGGACUCUCAUCAUGCCCAUCAUGUGGCUGAUUCGGAUUUUCACGAACACUUUCACACUUACACCCUACAACGGGGCAGAGGCACUGCACUGGUUGUUUCUUCAAAAGCCAGAGUCUCUGGAUCCAAGAGCUAAGUAUCACAGUUUAACAUCAGGACUUGGAACUAAUUACACUCAGCCUCGGCAAGUGAGUAACUAUGAGAUGCUGUGUUAUGGAAAGCCGAGCAGGGAAGCACGGACAGUGGUGUGUUGUUUAAGAGGCUUCAUUUACAUGCAGUUAAUUCAGAUUUUCUGUGUACUCAUGUUCGUGUUUCAGAUGGACAUCGAUGGUGAAAUGUCUGAAGUUCUUUUCUCCAAACUGCUGGAACUAGAGACAGUAGUAAGGAGGAAACUGAGUGAGAGAAAUGCUGAGGAUAAAGCUCAUCAGCAGUACCUGAGAGACAUAGAGUAGUGAGUCUCUCUUCAGAUGGACUAAAUGCAAUUUGAACCAGCAUUACAGCUCCGAAAUCCACAUUAAACAGUAUGUGUUUUGUUGAAAUGUAACACCAGUACUUCUGCUACCUCAGUCAAGAUCUCAACUUGGAUUUAUGUAAGUGACUAUAUUGGUAGUGUCUACGGAUACGGGUCCGUAUCCGUAGCCCACAGGCUACGGGUAUGGCACUUUCCAUUUGCCAGACAGAUACGGACCCGUACGCGAGUCUCGCGAGUCAAGACGCUGCUAACCACUGCAAACUGUUGAAAGGUAAGCAAAGGUUAAGGUUAGGGUUAGUGUUAGGGUCAGGUUUAGGGUCCGUACCUGUCAUACCGAUGCUACGGUCCGUACAGCUAGCGUCUACCGGGAGUCACGUGACCAGAUCUCGCGCAUCUGAUUGGCAAAUGGCAAGUGCCGUAUCCGUAGUCCACAGGCUACGGGUACGGGUCCGUACCUCUAGCAACAACCGACUAUAUUGGCUAAAUGUGUAUGAUGACCAAUGGAACCACAAGGUAACGCAGCUCAUGUAGGAAGUAGCAACAUGUCAAAGUAAAACUAUCUGUUAGAGGAGGAUUUAUUUUUUCCCCAUAAGUGACUUAUUUUAUUUAAAGAGCCCAUAUUAUCCACAUCUACGGGUUCAUAACUAUGUUUUGGGGGUCUGCUAGAAGAUGUUUACAUACUUUAAUGUUCAAUAAGUACAUUAUGUUUCUCAAACUGCACACUGGUGCAGCACCUCUUCUCUGCCUCUUUCUGAAACUUUCCAUUUUAGCUCCUGUUUCUCUAAGGAUCCCUUCCCAUAAGACCCAGCUCUGAUUGGUCAGCUGACCCAACCAAGCAAAUCAACACUGAUCUGGGGCCUCAUUUAUAAAGCUUGCGUACGCACAAAACAGGGCUAGAAAGUGGCGUACGCCACUUUCUACGCAAAGGUUGUGAUUUAUAAAAACAAACUUGGCGUGAGAAUGUGCGCACCGGUGCACCAACCUUGAUUCUUGAUGCUUCUUUACGCACAAAACAGGGCGUAAAUCACAAACUUUGCGUAGAAAGUGACGUACGUUGUGUUCGUUGUGAUUUCUAAAAAAAACUUGGCGUGAGAAUGUGCGCACCGGUGUGCCAACUUUGAUGCUUGCUUAAGCACAUUUUGGAGACAGAGGGAACGGCAGUGCCGGAGGGUGAAGUGGCGAAUUGAAACCAGAUUGAUCUCAAACCUUUAUUGUUAUCACAUAUUAGACUUGUAGAGCCGGAUAAUCAUAAACCCUCAUUGUUGUAGAUGUUCAUAUAGUGCGCCAUUCGGCCGACGACUGUAUUUGCAGAACUAUGUUCAUAUAUCAACAGGGGCGGAUUGAACGUUAUUUCAUUCGGUCAUUUAACCGAAGGGCCGGUAUCUGGGGCCGGUGCGGUGAUCUUUAUUAAAUACUUUUGUUUACUGAUCACCCGGCGCCCGUAUGGAUCAUCGGGGAAAGCAGAAGACCCAUUUGCAGGGGUGGUCUCUGACGCAGUGGCCCGGGUUCGAUUCCUGCCUGCGGCACUUUUAUGCAUGCCUUCCCCCUACUCUUCUCCCCAUUUCCUGUCACUCUUCACUGCAACUAUCACAGUAAAAAGGCAAAAAAAAAAAAAAAGUAAAGAAUGUUGUUUAUUUAUCCAUAUGCGGCCGAAUGGGAUGAGCGUCCAACCAUUAAUCAGUCCUGUACAGGCACACAGGCACACAUGCUUCACACCACAACCCCCGAGUGAAAAUGAAUUUGUCUAUGUGAACCGAAAAAACGUACAUUCAAUCAGUGUACAAAUUAUUUGUACAUCGGACAUGAUCAUAACAAAUUUAGUGGCAGGGUGGCCUGGGUCAACACAUGAUUCAUUCAUCCUGACGCACAGCAGUGAAAAGACUGCCGGCCGGCGCUGCGUGAAAUGCCGUGGAUCAGCAGCUUAUUUAAAUACAGAUACAUUCAUGAGUUACUUUGCAUUGACCAUUCAUGGUAAAAUGUGGGUGUGUUGUGGGCGGAAUGUGAGGUGGAUCCACCUGUGCAAUCUUCCAGCUGGUGUCUGAUUUAUCAAGAAAUUGCGUGCAGCUGUGCUUACGCAAAGUUUUAUAAAUCAGGGGCGAGGGGCAUACGCCCUUUUCGUAUUUUCGGCGUACGCAAACUUUAGUAUGGAUCCUACGCAAUGUUUUAUAAAUGAGGCCCCUGAUCUGUAUGGCAACAACAGAUCUGAUAGGAUAAGAAUGUACGCCUAGCAGAAACAGCUUUAGUUAGGGAGCUGCUCAUUCUUUGUUUAAGGACCAAACUAGCUGCUAGGUAUUAUGCAAAUGUGCUACAUGAUGACAUCAUAAAGUAACGGAAGAAAAGCGUAGAUUUCAAAUGAGGCAUUUCAGGCAGAUAAGGAGAGAAAGCCUCCUUCUGGUGUGAACCUUUGGCUUUAUAAGUUUGCAGACCUUUUACAUGCACAAAAAGCUAAACACACUAAAGGAAGGAAAAGCCUAAAAAGCAUCAUAUGGGCUCUUUAAAUAUACUAUUGCUCCUGAUAUUGUACUUUUAAAACUGUUUAUAGUUUUACUUUUUAUUUACCAAAGAGACAACAUAUUCAUUCUUGCACAUGUUUUAUAUAAAAUAACAGUAUAUAUUUUUAAUUCAAAGAAAAUAUCAAAUGGGAAUAAUCACAAAUUGGCUCUAAUAUUCACACGACUUUUUUCUGUGAAUUGCAACUUUUAUAUUCUGCUGUUAUCUCGUUCUUAGCAUGACACUGAUGUCAAAGUCGUGCAGAAAACACAAUCCUUAACUCUUCUUUGAAAUGAGAACUGUGUAUUAUGUGCUCAGUGCUUCUGUACGCCACGCUAUAAAGACUUGAAUUCCAAUCAUAACAUCCACUUGACCCUCAUCACGCUGAGAUCUGAUUUGAAUAACUAAAAUACCUAAGUGGGUGUAAAGGGCCUUUUGUGAUGAGCUAUUUCAUCUUCUCUACAAAUCUACUCACAUCGCUUAAUGUGCCGUUUUCACAUUUUGGUAUAAUAACAUGAAGAAGAUACAUUUUAUCUCUUGAAAGUUGGUGCAAAAAAUAAAACUACAUUUGUCUCUUGA